CCGGUGACCGCCGCCGUGCCACUGAUGAUUGAGGUGAGAGGUCUGUCCCGUCUGGUGGAGUCAUGCGCCACCAAGUUACUCGCCCCGCCGCACCGGCAGGUCACUGUUCCUUUUAAGAACAAUUACAGACAACAAAGAUGGGGAAGAAACGCAUCAAAGGCAAAACUGCACAGUCUGAUGAGUCUCCGGAUAUACUGAAACCUGUGUGCAAGCAUAUCCGUAAAGGACUGGACCAAGGGCAUGUGAGAAAGGCACUGCAGAAUGUGGAGUGGCAUGUUUGUCAGGACUGCAAGGCAGACAGUAAGACACAGGAGAAGGCUGAGGAGGAGGAGGAGACUGAUGAAGGCACUUCGAUAUGGUUAUGCCUAAAAUGUGGCCAUAGGGGCUGUGACAGAAAUUCUCCAGACCAGCAUGCUUUAAAGCAUUUUAAAACACCAAGAUCAGAUCCCCACUGUCUGGUUCUCAGUUUGGACAACUGGAGUGUGUGGUGCUACCUAUGUGAUAAUGAAGUUCCAUAUAAAACUUCAACACUUUUGGGCCAGACUGUGGAUUUUGUUAGAAAACAAGUUGGUAUUGACUCAUCACAUACAGUAGAAAAACAAGAGAACAAAAAAGUUGAAAAUAAAAAAGUAGAAAAAGACAGCAAAAAUGAACAAGAAAAAGAAGAUUCACUAAAAGAAGAAAGUUCUCACUCAACUGCUAAUGGAGAAAUCACUGUGAAAGGACUUAGUAACUUGGGGAAUACAUGUUUCUUUAAUGCAGUGAUGCAGAAUUUAUCACAAACUCCAGUCCUGAGGGAGCUGCUUAAAGAAGCUAAAAUGCCUGGCACCACAAUUAAAAUUGAGUCACCCGAACUAUGCAUGGAACCUCAGCUAAUAAAACUAGAUCAGCCAGGUCCUUUAACACUAGCCAUGCAUCAGUUUGUGACAGAAAUGCAAGAGACAAAAAAAGGGGUAGUGACUCCUAAGGAACUUUUUGCUCAGGUUUGUAAAAAAGCAAUACGAUUUAAAGGUUAUCAGCAGCAAGACAGUCAUGAAUUGCUUCGUUACUUACUUGACGGAAUGAGAGCAGAAGAAAUCCAGCAAAUAAGUGUUGGAAUACUAAAGGCGCUGAGUGACUCUAACAAACAAAAUGAAGAAGAACUUAAAAAGAAAAUUAAAGAAUAUGAAAAGAAAAAGGGAAUACAAAGUUUCGUAGAUCGAAUCUUUGGUGGAGAAUUAACCAGCACGAUUAUGUGUGAGGAAUGCAGAACUGUAUCCUUGGUCCAUGAGUCCUUCCUUGAUUUGUCACUUCCCGUACUAGAUGUUCAGAAAGUGAAAAAUACAAAGAGAGAAAGCAUUAAAAAAAACAAAGAAAAGGAAUCUGAAGAUGAAGAUGAUAAAAUCAAUGACCAUUACCUUAAGCAGAAAUAUGAGCCCCCUGGUAUGAGUAAACACCUUCAGAAAAAAAUGAAGAAACAGACCAAAAAACAAGCCAAGAACCAACGCCGGCAGCAAAAACUUCAAGGAAAGGUGCUUCACUUGACAGAUCUCUGCGCACCUGAACAGCCAGAAAGAGAUGUUGAGUGCAACCAAGAAUCGGAGACUGAAAUGAGCUCUGAAACUCUUGAUAAGAAGCAAGAAGAGGAAUCAUCACAUGAUUGCAAAGAUCACUGCUUAACUCAGAAAGACUUGAGUAUACAGGGAAAUAGUUCAGAAAUUGAGAGCAGGCAUGAAAAUGCAGGAAAGCCAGAACAAGAGUGUGAAGAAAACGAGUCUGUCACAGCUCUCUCUGUGGAAGGCUUAGAUUGUCCUAUGAAGUUUGUCAAUGGCCUUGACAACCUGUCUUUGAAAGAGGAGGAUGAUGACAAUGAAGAUGAGGAAGAGCUUGCUACGGACUUUUCAAAACUCCACUUGGGUGCCAGUGAAUCUGACACGAGUACCUUGGAUGGCCUUCAGCCCGUUCCUAACAAGACGUGUGAAGUAUCUACGGAUGACCCCGAAACGGCAUUUUGUACUCUGGCAAACAGGGAAGAGCUGAACCCUGAGGAAGAUUCAAUCCAUCAUUGUUUGUAUCAAUUUACCCGUAAUGAAACACUUACCGAGACCAAUAAACUACUGUGUGAUGUGUGUACACAAAGGCAUUGUGGACCAAAGAACAACAUAAAAAGUGAAAAGAAGUACGUUUACACUAAUGCCAAAAAGCAGAUGCUCAUCUCUCUAGCUCCUCCAAUUUUAACCCUUCACUUAAAGAGGUUUCAGCACGCUGGAUUUAAUCUGCAGAAGGUUAACAGGCAUAUCAAGUUCCCAGAAGUGAUAGACUUGGCUCCUUUCUGUACAGCUAAAUGUAAAAAUGUGGCUGAAGGGAAUACAAAGGUCUUGUACUCUCUCUAUGGAGUUGUUGAACACAGCGGAACAAUGAGGUCUGGGCACUACACUGCCUAUGUUAAAAUGAGAGCUAUGAACAACCACUUCUCUGAUCUUGUCCUUCGAGGACAAUCUCAAGCUUCAGAAACUGAGCCAGUCAAAGGCCAGUGGUUCCACAUCAGUGAUACCCACGUACAACCUGUCUCUGUGUCCAAAGUGCUGAGCUCCCAAGCCUAUCUUCUGUUCUAUGAGAGGCUGCUCUAACACAUCAGAAGAGCCUUC